CAAACAUGAGUGACCCCGGGGUCGCUGGCGGGCAAAAGACGAGGGAGCUGCCAAUUGCGCUGCCCUUGUUUCGCCGCUCGCUUCUUAUAUCAUCAUCGCGGAUCCUUCCCCUUCCCUACGUUCCCCGACUUCCCCUUCCAUUCUUGUCGUUCGCGAUUCGGGAUCGUCCAGUUCAUCCCUGUAUACAUCGGGUGGCCCUGCAUUGACUGCUGGAUCUUCUCGCCGCCUUGAUUUCUUUUGCUUCUUCUUCUUCUUCUUCCGCCGACAUUCCUUUUACCUUCCCGCUCAUCCGAUCGAUCGAUUCUUAAUUUUUGGGAUCAGCCUCAGCAAGUGAUGUGAAGAAUCCAUGGUUGUCUAUACUCGCAUCUCCGGAGGCUCCGCGCCGUCCGUCAUACUUGCCUGUGUGGCUCUGUUUUGCGCCUGUCUGCAAACCGUCAUCGCCGAGAUCGACUCGGUCUUUAAAUCGCGACCUGAUCUCUAUCCUCCCGUGCUUACCUUGGAACAUCGUGUGCCCGACAAGCUCAGCCCCGGGUACAUCUUUGUCGGUCCCUAUGAGGCGUCCAAUUCGGGCCCGUAUAUUUAUGACGAUGAGGGGGGGAAGGAUCACUUGUGUUUCUUCCAGGGAGUCCAGCAGAAUGGGUACUGCAGAGGUCAUGGAGUAAUCAUGGAUGACAACUACCGCAUCGUCCGAACCGUAGUUCCUGGAGGUGGCAUGGCAUCCAGCGACAUGCACGAAUUCUUGCCGAUCAAUGACGGCAAGACCGCCUUGAUGACGGUCUACCAACAACGUCAGUUCGACAUGAGCCCGUGGAACGUCAAGUCCGGCAUGGGAUGGGUGAUGGAGAGUAUCUUCCAGGAAGUGGACGUGGAGACCAACGAGGUUCUGUUCGAGUGGAAGUCCCUCGACCAUGUCGACCCCUCCGAUGGCUACACCUGGCCAAGCCACACGGAUACGUCGGGCACCGGGCUGGACCCGCGCUCGCCGUGGGAUUACUUCCACAUCAACUCGAUCGACAAGAACGCAGACGGCGAUUAUCUGAUCUCCUCCCGCCAUACCUGUGCGAUCUACAAGAUCUCCGGCAAGGACGGAUCGAUCAUCUGGCGACUGCACGGGGCGCGUCCCACGUUCAAGAACAUCAACUUUAGCUUCUCGCAGCAACACGAUGCGCGGUUCCUCAGUGAAAACUCCACCCACACCCUGCUGUCCUUGUACAACAAUGGGUUCAAUGGUUUCAACCGGACUCAUGAGUACUCCUCCGGCAUGCUCAUUCUGAUCGAUCACCGAGACAACACAGCAACCCAGCUACACGACUAUGUCCCCCCCGGCAAGAACAUGAUCAGCUCUAGCCAGGGUAACAUGCAGGUCCUUGAGAACAAGAACGUGUUUAUCGGGUGGGGCAACAACGCCUACGUGUCGGAGCACGACGAAGAGGGUAAUGUAUUGCUCUGGGGCUAUAUCGACAAGGACCGGAUCAUGAACUACCGUGCCCAGAAAUUCGAGUGGGAGGGCAAUCCCACCGACGUGCCGGCUCUGUGGACGUACUCGCAAUCCACUGACACCUUCUCUCCGACGAGUUUCUAUGUCAGCUGGAACGGUGCGACCCGGGUGAAGUACUGGCGGUUCUACGGCGCCACGAACUCGACGGGCCCCUUUAUGCUCGUCAAGCAGGUCGAGAAACGCGGAUUCGAGACCAGCUAUUCCUCGCCGCAUUUCUACCAAUGGUGCUAUGUCGAGGCGGUGGAUGUGGCGGGCAAGGUCCUGGGCAAGUCCCGGACCAUGUUUACCUUCAUCCCCUCGACCGAAUUGCAGAGCCACUGUGGAAAGGAAUCGUGUGAGAAUGCGCAGGCCUAUGGACUGCCCGGAGAGGAGGGUGCUGGCCCCGUGAUACCCCCGGCGGGCAUCAACACUGUGCCCUGGAUUGAUCCUGGCCACCCUGAGGCGCACUUCGACUGGGGUCAAACCGGGGAUGCGUCGGAGAAGGAGGAGAGCGGUAAACAAGUCCCCGCUGACUGUGCCGUUAUAGAUAACGUUGGGUGGAUCGCUCCCGCCUUUGGGUUUGUCGUUGCGAUCGUUGCCAUCUACACGGUCCUUCGGGUGUAUCGACGUCAGCAGCAAUUCAGCCGGGUGAAGGAGAGGGGGUCGUCGGAGAGCCUGGACAGGGCCGAGGGGUCCAGGCCCUGGCGAGGGUCGGAUGAAGCACCGUGGUGGCAUUGGCGACGCUGGACGGGGCCGCAGGAGCCUCCGCGGUACUUCCCAUUGGCUGAACAGCGGAUCCGCGCCGGACCAACGCUGCACCUCCAAAUGCCUGCGCCAAAAUCCGGAUCCCAAGGAACCGCCGGGCGUCCGUCGCUACCGUCGCUAUCGCUGUCCUCCACCAACCCGUCAUCCUCGUCGGCCAUCGACUCCCCAGCGGCCACGCCCAAUCCCCUCUCGGCCACCUCGGCCUCCUUCGCCCACUCCUCCAAGAACCGGAAUGCUCGUCACACCCGAGCAACCUCUUGGACCUCCGCCCACGACCAAAGCGGUCUCCCUUCCCCCGCUGACUUCUCCCUCUCCACCUCCCAACGCCGACGCCGAGAGUCCAACAUCUCCCUCGCUGACGUCUCCGAGGGUUCCUCCGGCCGCUACGACGACGACGACGACGACGAUUACACUGGCGACACCAUGGCCGUGAGAAACACCUCCUUCGACUGGGGUCCUGGCCAUGCCCGCAGCCGCUCCCAGUCCUACAGCCAGCCACAGAUGUCCCUGCUACAACCUCGCGAACUCGCCGACUCGUCGGCACCGCGCUCGCGGCCGGCGCCCGUCACAUGGAUGUCCCUCCCGCGAAAGGGACAGCUCGCCCUCCUGGGCCUGUGCCGGGUCUUCGACUUUCUGCAAAUCGCCUCCUUGCAGGCAUACAUGUUCUACCAGCUGAAAUCGUUCGAUGAGAACCUCUCCGACGCCGACGUUUCCACCCAGGCCGGGAUCCUGCAGGGUGCCUUUACCGCGGCGCAGUUUGCGACAGCCAUCCCUUGGGGUCGAGUGGCCGAUGCAGAAUGGGGUGGACGGAAAUUUGUUCUGCUGGUUGGUCUGCUGGGCACGUCACUGUCCUGUCUGGGCGUGGCCUUUUCGACGUCGUUCGCGCAGGCCGUGUUCUGGCGCUCGUUUGGGGGUGCCAUUAAUGGGACCGUGGGGAUUAUUCGGACCAUGAUCGCAGAGAAUGUGAAAGAGAAGAAGUACCACUCGCGCGCGUUUUUGAUCCUCCCAAUUGGCUUCAACAUUGCCGCGCUGUUUGGGCCGGUGAUGGGCGGUAUGCUGGCUGACCCAGUCAAGGCGUAUCCUCGCCUCUUUGGCCCAGAUUCGUCUUUCGGAGGCGCAGACGGUGUACAAUGGCUUGUCCGCUACCCUUACGCGUUGCCCAUGCUGGCGAAUACCAUCUUUCUGUCAUUUGCGGCUGCCUGUGUUGCCAUCGGUUUGGAGGAGACUUUGGAAGCUUGUAAGGGCAAGCCCGGGUUGGGCGUCUUCUCGAUGCGCAUCUUCGCUCGCGGCAUUCGCGCAGUGGUUCCCUCGUCCUCCCCGUUAUACCACCGACUGCCUUUCGCGGACUAUGAUGAGGAAGGUCCUCUGUUGAACCGUCGAGAUACCACCGAAAGUUACGAGAUGGAGGAGAAGGCGACCAAGUCGACCCGUCAGUCUCGCACCCUGCCGUUCCGGCGGAUCUGGACCAAGAACGUGCUGUGCACUCUGUUGGCACAGGCGUUCUUCGACUUUCAGAUGGGUGCUUUUAACAACCUCUGGUUGCUCUUCCUCUCGACUCCCCGAUAUGACGCCAAUGACCCCGCCAGUCCGAUCCAGCGGCUGCCGUUUAUUUUCACUGGCGGACUGGGCAUGCUGCCCCAGAGUGUCGGUUUCGCUACCGCCAUUCUCGGCGUGAUCGGGAUGCUCCUCCAGUUCACCAUCUACCCCAGUAUCAAUGGCCGCCUGGGUACCGCCAAGAGCUACCAGUACUUCUUGACGCUGUUCCCCUUGGCUUACGCGUUUGCACCAUACAUUGCGCUCGCGCCGUCGUCCGCGCCCCCGCCCGGGCAGGCCAACGGAGGCUGGGUGUGGUUCUCGAUCAUUGUGGUCCUCUUCCUGCAAGUGACCGCGCGGACGUUCACGCUCCCGACUUCGAUCAUCCUGUUGAACAACUGUUCCCCCCACCCCUCGGUGCUGGGCACCAUCCACGGCAUCGGACAGUCGGUGUCGUCGGCCUUCCGCACCAUUGGGCCGAUCUUCUCCGGAUCGUGGUACGGCUACGGUCUGGAGAUGGGCAUGGUAGGAUUUGCGUGGUGGCUGAUUGCGCUGGUGUCGGUGUUUGGCUGUGUGGCAGCCAUCUUUGUAUACGAGGGUUCCGGACAUGAGAUCUGUCUUCCCGGCGAGGAAGAGGAACUCCGGGACUGAUUGCAUUGGCGUUGCUUGUUUCUUGUACAUAUAUCCCUGGACCAUGCAUAGCGGAGUCCGAUGUUGC